CACGACUGAUGCCAAUCGCCGUUAUAACAAAAGAAGAAGAAGUCUGUUGUGGUUAUGACUCUGGAUCAAAAUGGCGACGCGCAGUUUCAUCUCAUCACCUAGUAGGCGCUUGUUUUUUGUGAAGCAUUCUCCUUUCCAGUCUAGACACUGUGCUAUUCUUAGAAAGGCUCAGUAUUCCACCGUCUCAAGUCCAAAUGAAAAGACAUUUGACAAGAUCCUAAUAGCAAACAGAGGAGAGAUUGCUUGCAGGGUGAUCAAGACAUGCAAGAAGAUGGGAAUUCGGACAGUUGCUGUUCAUAGUGAUGUUGACUCAACUGCUGUUCAUGUCAAGAUGGCAGAUGAGGCAGUGUGUGUUGGCCCCGCCCCCACUAGUCAGAGCUACCUCAACAUGGAUGCCAUCCUGGAUGCUGUAAGAGCAACUAAAGCCCAAGCGGUUCACCCGGGGUAUGGAUUUCUCUCUGAAAACAAAGAGUUUGCCAAGAGGCUGGCAAACGAGGAUGUGACAUUUAUUGGCCCAGACACUCAUGCUAUCCAAGCAAUGGGGGACAAAAUUGAGAGCAAACUGAUUGCGAAGGCUGCCAAGGUCAACACUAUCCCAGGAUUUGAUGGCGUGGUCAAGACUGUCGAGGAAGCUGUGAAAAUAGCACAGAAUGUUGGCUACCCAGUAAUGAUAAAAGCAUCUGCGGGCGGUGGAGGAAAAGGAAUGAGAAUUUCAUGGAAUGAUGAGGAAACAAGAGAUGGCUUCCGAUUCUCAUCUCUGGAAGCAGCGUCAAGCUUUGGAGACGAUAGGCUUCUUAUUGAAAAAUACAUAGAUAACCCGAGACACAUAGAAAUUCAGGUGCUGGCUGAUAAGCAUGGUAAUGCUCUUUGGUUAAAUGAAAGAGAGUGCUCUAUUCAGAGGAGGAACCAGAAGGUGGUGGAAGAAGCACCCAGUACUUUCCUCGACGCAGUGACACGACGAGCAAUGGGUGAGCAAGCAGUGCAGCUGGCCAAAGAAGUGCAUUACUCAUCUGCUGGUACCGUGGAGUUCCUGGUAGAUUCUAAAAAGAACUUCUACUUCCUCGAGAUGAACACACGGCUACAGGUUGAGCAUCCCAUAACAGAGUGUAUUACUGGUAUUGACCUGGUGGAGCAGAUGAUCCGGGUUGCCAAGGGUUACCAACUACAACACAAACAGGAAGAUAUUCCAAUAAAUGGCUGGGCCUUUGAGAGCCGUGUCUACGCUGAGGACCCUUUCAAGUCAUUUGGUCUUCCCUCCAUUGGAAGAUUAUCCCAAUACAAGGAGCCAGUCAAGCUCAACAAUGUCCGGGUGGACAGUGGCAUCCAAGAGGGAAGCGACAUCAGCAUUUAUUAUGAUCCCAUGAUUUCCAAGUUGAUAACCUAUGGAGCUACAAGAGCAGAAGCCCUUGCCAAGAUGGAGGAUGCUCUGGAUAACUAUGUCAUCAGGGGUGUGACCCACAACAUUCCGCUCUUGAGAGAAAUAAUCACGCACCCUCGUUUUAUUUCCGGUGACAUUAGCACCAACUUCCUUCCAGAGGUUUACCCUGAUGGAUUUAAAGGCCACCAACUUCAGGUGGAAGAACAGCAAGAGUUGAUUGCCUCUGCAGCAGCACUGUACAUCACAGCCCAGCUCUCUUCCCAAAAGGUUCUUGGUAACUUGAGGGUGCCCUCAAUACCAGUAGAGUGUACCUGCUGGGAGCUUUGUGCACAGCUAGGAGACCGAUGGCAUGACCUGGAAGUUAAUAAAUCAGGAGACAUAUAUACGGUGCAAGUGGAUGGAGUACGUGUGGAUGUCCAGGGACAGUGGAACUUGGCUUCCCCACUGUUACCACUCACCAUCAACGGCAUACACAGAAUGUUGCAGUGUCUAUCCCGAGAUGCUUCAGGACAGAUUGUUCUGCAAUAUCUGGGCACAUCGUUUACGCUUCGCAUUCUCUCCAAGUUGGCUGCAGAGUUGAACUCUUACAUGCCAGAGAAAGUUCCUGAAGACACCAGCAGCAUUUUGCGUUCACCAAUGCCUGGCACGGUGGUCGCAGUUUCUGUUAAGCCUGGAGAUACGGUUGCAGAAGGCCAGGAGAUCUGUGUGAUUGAAGCUAUGAAAAUGCAGAACAGUAUGACUGCCGUAAAGCCAGCAAAGGUAAAGUCUGUCCAUUGUAAGCCAGGUGAGACGGUAGGUGAAGGAGAUCUACUUGUAGAGCUGGAGGAUCCCGCUUCUAAGUCCAACUAAAAAACUGAUCAAAACUGAUAAAAGACUCUAAUCAAAGUGUCCUCCAGAAGACAUGUAUGUCCCCAACAGUGCCUCAGUGUAGUUACAAUAUAAAUGAGGAAUGUCAGACUCCAGUGAAUCUUGAUUUCGAGGCUAUGACUCAAGAUUUGAUAUGCAUUUUUUUGUCAUUGAAAUACCAUAUUAAAAUAUUUUCACCAGUUUUAUAA